AUGUUCAAAAAACUAAUUCUUAUUAACUUAUUAAUAUUCGUAAUAUUGACAGAAUCAAGUCAAUAAUAAAAUAAUGGUGUUGUAAAUGCUUCAACUGAAUGUUAAGAAGGCUAUUAUUAUGAUUAAGAUACUCGUGAGUGUGCUUCUUGCCAAACUAAAUUCGGUAACUGUUUAUAAUGUACUCAAAAUAGUUGCUCUUAAUGUGUUACUGGAUAUUUAAUACUUGAUUCUGAUACAUAAUGCAUCAAAAGUACUUUAAUAGAUAAACAUAUUGGAGAUCAUUGUCAUGAAGGAUGUGAUAUAUGUUACCUAUCAGGAGAAUGUAUGGAAUGUUUGGAUGGUUAUUAUAUAAAUUUAGAAGAAAAUGAAGACACAACUUGUGUUAUUUGUACUAGUAAAUUUGAUAAUUGUUAAAGAUGUACUAAAAAUAGUUGCACUAGAUGUUAGGCUGGUUAUUCAAAAAAUAACUCUGAUUAAUGCUAAAAAGAAUCUACUACAGAUGAUAAUAGCGUACAAUAUGGAGAAUCUUGCAGUUAAGGAUGUGACAUAUGUUCUUAAUCUGGAGAAUGUUUAUAAUGUUCAGAUGGCUUUUAUGAAGAUUCUAGUGUAAAUGGAAAUAAAGUAUGUAAUAGUUGUAGUAGUAAAUUCAGUAAUUGCUAAAGAUGCACUUAUAGUUUUUGCGAAAGAUGUAUUACUAGAUAUUCGUAUGAUAAACCUGAAAAAAAUUGCAAAGAAGGCGAUGGUACCAAAGGAAAUUUAGCAACUUUUUGCUUUGAUGGAUGUUAUUUAUGUGAUGAAUCUGGAAAAUGUAACGAAUGUUGGGACGGUUAUUAUGAUGAUUAGGAAGAUAAUGAAAAUUAACAUUGUCUAAGUUGUAGUAGUAAAUUCAUUAAUUGUGUAACAUGUGAUAAAAAAAAUUGCACCUAAUGUAAAGAUGGAUACUAUUUUAAUGAAUCUCAAUAAUAAUGCUUAAUAAAUCCGACUUCUUGA